AUGGGGCAAAUGUUUUCAAUUUUCGGAAUUCAAGAAAAAUGUUGUAUUGACAUUCAUCAGCUGCUGCCUGAGGAUGUGGUUAUUGAGAUCCUCUUAAGGCUGCCCGUGGAAUCACUUAUUCGGGCAAGAGCAGUAUGCAAAAAUUGGUACACUAUAAUCAUAAACCCUAGUUUUGUCACUAAGCACUUCAACCACCACACCAACCCUGAUCGUCUUUUUGUUAACCAUUUUGACAACAUUUCCAAGAAAUAUUUUUUGUCAUUGUACCUUGAUGAAACACUCUCGGCCAGUUCUGCCCCGGUGUAUCAGGAUGUGGUGGUGGAUAUGCCCUACCACCUAGGGGUCAGUCACUAUAAGGGCAUACUGUGUCUGUACAAUCACUAUCGCUGUGCUCUGUGGAAUCCCGCAACCGAAGAAUUUAGGUUCCUCCGGGUACCCCCUCUUAACUUUCCACCCAAUGUGGUGAUUUUCCAAGAUGCUUUUGGAUUUGGUUUGGAUCCCAUUACUAAUGAUUACAAGGUAGUUUGGAUUUUGGACACUGCGGAUGAGGUUAGACAUAUGAUGUGUGAUCGUAAGGUUGCUGUGUAUACUCUAUCUACUGAUUCCUGGAGAUAUCUUGAUGUUGAUUUGCCUCAUUCUGACAUUGAGACCCCUCAGUCUAACACAUGCAUUAAUGGUGUUUAUCACUGGCUUACAUUUGUCUACAAACAUCUUCCCGUGAUCCUUUCAUUUGACAUGGGGAAUGAGUUGUUUCACGAAAUACGUGAUGUUCCAAUUCUAAGUUCAGUCCGUGCUGUUCUUGCAACGUACAAUAACUCUCUUGCUCUGAUUAGUUAUGAUUGUCAUUCUAAUUUCCAUCCAAUUGUUGACAUUUGGGUGAUGAUGGAAGAAGGGUGUUGGACAAAACAAUUGACUUUUGAAAUCCGUAAUGAAGUGGGAUUGCCGAUGGGGGUUUGGAAGAACCGUCAGCUUAUUAUGCAAACUGAUGGUGAGGAUGGUCAUGUGGCCUUGUAUGAUCCAGAGACUCAUGAAAUUAAGGAUCUUGGAUCCCGGAUCUGGGCUGAGUGCUUGGUCUACAGGGAGAGCCUAGUCACAAUCAAGGGCGGAGAUGGGUUCCUAGAACAGGAUCAGAAGUUGUCUGAUGUAGAUCAAGUGUUAAACUUUUCUAAUAGCUAA